CUUCACGCGCACAUAUCCACGUGAACGUGAACGCUGAAAGAGUGAUGUGCGGUGAGGCGUGCUAUGAGCGAUAACGGGCGGUACUUUGUUGUUCUGCCGGGCAACCACCUUUCGCGCAUUCCGCAGUUACGGCAGUGAUGCUUCACUAGAGACGAUACCAUUGACCCAGCCAGCCGCUUCUCGACUCCACCGAGCGGACUAUGCGCUGCCGGCCUCGCAACAGCCCACCACACUCGUUUGAUGAGAAAGGAUGAGCGCGCUCUACGGCAGCAUACGACUCACGCCCUCGAACUCGCCCUUCCUCCGAUCCCCGAGCCCACGUUCUCCCACGAAACACGCCAAAGAAGAGCCGUGCUUGCACCUGCACAAAAGCAUAGGAACCACAACAGUAGCUGUCAGUGGCUUCGACAACCUGUACAGUCGCAGCAAAUUCGCGUACACAGCGGGAGCUGCUGCCGUGGUCGUCACAGUCGACCAGGAUCUCAAUAUUACACAAGACUUCUUCCGUGCGAAGCCAAACUCGAAUGGUGGGGCGCGCGAUACUGUUGGAGGAUGGCCUUCCACACCCACACCCAGACCGACCAGCCAGCUGAUCAAAGAAGGCGCGUCACCUCUAGGCGCUGCGAGUCGAGACUGGUCAGACUCGCCGACUGGGCGGUCCUCGACAGCUAAAGAUCGGAUCAAGAGCGCUACUUCUGUAGCAUUGAGCGCCAAUGGGAAGUGGCUGGCUGUAGGAGAAACUGGAUACCGUCCUCGGAUCCUCAUCUUCGCGCUCAAGGAGGGUUCUUCCGAAGCUCCCAUCUGCAUCCUGUCAGAGCACUCAUUCGGAGUGCACGCCCUCAGCUUCAGCCCGGACUCACGAUAUCUGGCCUCUUUGGGGACAGUCAACGACGGCUUCUUGUAUGUCUGGAACAUCGAAGAGCGCACUGGCAUUGCAAGUCUGCAUGCCAGUAACAAAUGCACGACCUUCAUAAAUGACAUGACAUGGAUGGGCAAUAGCAUCAUCACGGCAGGGCUGCGAUUUGUGAAAAUAUGGAGGCCGGACGAGGAUGCGCCGAGCGAGGCGCGAGAAAGUACUCGCCAUGCCUUAACAACACCGCGACCGCGAUAUGAAACCAGGAAUUCCGACUACGGCAACAGCAUAUUGACUCCAAAACACCGGGUGCUAGCAGGCAAAAACAGUCUGCUCGGCGAGCUGCUGGAUGCCGCGUUUGUUUCAGUCACUGCAAUAUCCGACUCCAAAUCUUUGCUAUGCACAGAGGGUGGCGAGAUCUGCUUGUUGGAUGACAGGGACAAAAUGCAAUCUCUCAGCCUUGCUGUAUACACAGGCUCCACCAUUAGCACGGCUCGAAAGGACGAUCGUGAUAUGUUCCAUGUCUACGGUGCAAAUGGCCAAACAUCAUACCUCAUUCCAGAUUUGCAACGCCGAGCUUCUAGCAAAGUGACGAAAUCACCUUCCACCUCGCCAUCCAGAGCUGCAUUCCCCCAGAAUAUCACCAUUGCAGCUGCCACACUGGACAAUGCGAUAGUGACGAUUGACUCGAAUCGCAGCAUUCGAAUGUCGAAACGCGCAGAUGACCUCUCCACAGACACUCAAUCCUCUCGCUGUCUUUCGGCCCAUCAAGAUCCUGUGCUUGGUGUGCUACCAUUUGGAUCCUCGAUCUACUCAAAAGCCGCAUUUUGCACCUACUCAGGAAAGGGAGCUGUGCAUUUCUGGGACGCAGAAGGCGACACAGUCUCGGAGACAAUUCGAAUGCCUAUGGAGUAUUCGGAUGCCUCCGGCAACGUGAAUGAGAUGCGAACACUGGCGGUGCUGAGCGAUGGCUCUAUGCUCGCCUCUGGUGACAAAUUUGGCGCUCUCGCGCUCGUGGACCUCCGCACGAAAAAGGUCAAGUGCCACAUCAGAGCUCAUACUGCCGAAGUGACAGCACUGUUGGCUUUUGAGCGUGACGGAGUGGAGUUCCUGGCCUCUGCGAGUCGAGAUCGCACAAUACAGCUCUUCAUGUGUGACGGCGGAAUCCUGGAUCUGGUACAGACAAUGGAUGAACAUGCUGGCGCUGUGACCGGGCUACUCCUGUCUGAGAAUGGCCAGCACCUUAUGUCAUGCUCCGCCGACCGCUCAGUAGUCGUGCGCGAAGCUUGCAUACGGAAAGCCGAUGAUCCGCGCACUUUAGCAUUUGCUAUGCUCAGAGCGAUCACUCUCAAAUCUGCGCCCACAAGCAUGUGUCUUGCUGGAAGUCCGGACACCAUUCUAGUCUCGAGCACCGACCGAGUAGUGGCGAAGUUCAGCACGAAAACUGGCACUUCCGGCUUCAGUUUCAAAUGUGCAGACAAUGAAAAUGGAGAAGCCGUCGUGCUGUCCAAGAUCUUGUUCGCACCUUCACUCAAUGGUAACCCCACCAUUGUGGGCGUCUCGAGCACGGACAAAUCAGUUCGCCUAUAUACCGACUAUGGAAAUUUGGUAGCCAGGGAUUGGGGGCACACAGAAGGCAUCACUGAUGCUGCCCUAAUUGCAGCGUCAAUCACAAGCAAGGUUGAACAAAGUGCUUCUCCUCAGAUCGUCACUGUCGCUGCCGAUUCGACCAUUUUCGUGUGGCAUGGCACGGCAACCACGCGUUCGAGCACACAAAUGUCGGACCACAGCAACGGCGAAAGUGCGUCGACGCCGACCACCCUCGGCCCACCUCUGCGGAAGGUGCUAUCACAUUCGGAGAUCUCCAAGAUUCGGCGCGACCGGGCCGCAGAAGUGCAGGACCCACCCUCGCCUUGCAACACAACUGCUGUCCAGCCGCCAUCGCCGCCAAAGGUCAGAAGAAAGACUAGUAGGAUUUCUUUAGCACAAGCGCCGCGACUUGAACCUGGCUUCCGAACAAAUUAUGACACAUCUAGGCGACGAAGUCUGCGUCACCGAUCACCUUCACCACCGAGUCCACGGAAUACUAAAAAGGAGAAUGUUCGCAGCACUUCCCAACUGGGCAUGUCUCUUCGCUCCAAGAGUAGCGAGAACGUGCUCAGGACGACUGCCACUGUGAGCAAUGGCUCUGGUUUCGGGACGAUUACGGCAUCGACUGAUUCCGUUUGCCGCACGCUCCGAAUGUACCGCAAGAAGCUCGCUAUCGCGUCCAGCAACGACAAAGUCACACCUGAUGCAUUCAAAGAGCUAGAAAAGGAGUUACGGCUAACCGCGAAGAUGUUGAGCGAGAAGACCGAGGGCACGUCGCUGGAUGAUGACGCGAUUACAAGGAUCCUUCGUAGGACCUCCAGCAAAACGAAUUACAGGGUUGACGAGAAGCUCAAAUCACGGGACGAUGGCACGCCGAACAGAAAUAGCGAUUCUGCAUCACCUACUUCUCCGGAGAUCGGACUACCUGCUGUGCAUGAGGUGCGAAGUUUCGAGCGGUCGGAUACCGCACCCGGGGCACUUGAAUCCGCGAAAGUCAUCUCUUGACGAACAUAAAAAUACCGCAAGGUUGAAUCCACUUCUUCUUUGGAUCUACUUCAUUGCUUGGUUCUAAACUUCUUUUGGGUAGCAGCAUGGAAUGAGCGAAAAACUUGAUUGUCUCGGCGAAGAUCUCGAAACCAGGCAUUGGGCGGCGUUGAUUAAGAUUCCCCAUUGAGAAGGCAGGAAGAAGAAGAGACGUUGGAAGAGAUUUUUGCCCCCAUGAUACCCACUCUUCCAUCAAAUCCGUAUGUAUCAGUCCGAGAAAUUUUAUUCAAGCAUUUUUGUUCACGUUUCUUGACGACUUGCAUUAUGUAUUUCGUGCUUCUGCC